AUGGUCGCGGGGUAUCCGUUGCGGAUACCCGCUAUCCCCUGGCGGAUACCCGCCAGCGCCAGCGGAUACCCGCCAGGGGAUACGGAUUGGGGUUUGGAUGUGCCCUUUUCCCAGAAAUUUGGGCGGGUAUCCGGGUAUCCCAAAGGAUACCCGAGGCCAGAAGGGGGGAUGUCCGGCUGGAAGGGUUUCCUUCCAGCCGGCGAGUUGCAUGUACCUCGCCGGCUGGAAGGAAAUCCUUCCAGCCGGUCCCUUGCCGGCCGUUUAAAGGGCGGGUAUCCGAGGAUACCCGCUCGGAUACCCGCUGCGGCCGACGGAUACCCGCCAGCGGGUGCGGAUGCCUGGAUGGCCGGAAAAAGCAGCCGGAUAUCCGGAUGCAAAUCGCCCAUCUCUAUGAUCCACAACGCCAAAUGCAAGGGGACCAAGUUCACGUCAGAUAAUUUCCAUGCUCAGUGGCACGUGAAAACUUAUCUAGAUGUGGAACUUAGUGAAACCCAAGAUGCAACAGAGGCGUCAAAGAAGAAAAAUGAAGACAUAUUCCUCAGCAAUGUAUUUGAAAAGUUCCAAUCCCUCCAACAUGGAAAACAAAACUUCAUGCUUGGCAAAAUUAACAAACUGCUCAACGGAACCCAUGCAACCGUUGUGUUGAAACUUUGGGUGAUCCUCCUGGACCUUGUCUCCGCAUCGCAUACCACCGCAGCAAGAACCCAAUCAAAACCUAAUCAAUUCACCACCCACAAGUGGGAACCUUAA